UGCACAACUUCCUUCGGUGUUCCAUAUCUGAACAACUAUGAAGGCAGCGGCAAUUCUUUGCGGUUUCACUCUCGUCACAAUUGCGCAUGCCGGCUUCCUUGGCGGAGGCGGGAGCGGAGGCGGAUUUGGCGGAGGCGGUGGUUUUGGAGGUGGACAGUACGGAGGUGGUGGAGGCCAUGGUGGUGGCAUUGGAGGGGGAUUCGGUGGUGGUCACCACGGGGGAGGAGGUGGUGGUGGUGUAUCGUAUCUCGUAAGGACCGUCAGUAAGACCGUUGGCGGAGGUGGAGGUGGAGGCCAUGGCGGUUAUGGCGGAGGAGGUUUCUCUGGAGGCCACGGCGGCGCCGGUCUCGGAGGCGGUUAUGGAGGAGGUUUCUCUGGCGGCCACGGUGGCGCCGGCCUCGGUGGCGGUUAUGGAGGGGGUUUCUCCGGUGGAUAUGGUGGUGGCGCUGGCGUUGGCGGAGGUGCCGCUAAGGUCUUCAUUAUCAAGGAGGCUGGAGGCGCCGGAGGCGUUGGAGGAGGAUACGGCGGAGCUGGAGGCUUCGGCGGUGUCCACGGCGGUGGUUUCGGAGGAGGACACGGCGGUGGACUUGGAGGUGGCUACGGUGGCGGAUUUGGAGGUGGAGUAGGAGGUGGUUAUGGCGGACACCACGGCGGCGGAUGGCAGUAA